AUGUCUACCAACCGAAGAGACUACAAUGAUCUCCCUUUUCCCUUCAACAACGAGUACUAUGCAGAUGCUCAAGGUCUCGUCCGCGGUUCCGAUGGCCUGCUGCACGACCCCAGCCACCGCGAAACCAACGGGCAGCGACAGCAACGUGUCAACAAGCACUGGCAAGAGAACGUAAGGCGCGUGAUGGGCGAAGAAUUCGUCGACCUUUGGCCAGACCUACAGACAAUGAUCAGCCACUACACUGACCGAUAUCCCCCGGUAUUGCAGACAUUGAACAGUGCGCAACUCGAGAAGGCUGGGAGGUUGCAGGCGUGGUGUGUGCACCCUUCUAUCAUUCAUGUAAUCGUGGGUUGGCCUAGUCAAGGGUUGUCCAAGGAGCAGAGGGAUGUGAUUCACGCGUGUUGUGAAGAUGAGAGGUCACGGCUUAGACAGAAUUGA